GAAACACCUUUCAUAGAGUGAAGCUGCUAAGUGAAUAGACCUUGGAUGGCACAGCCUGCAGGAUAAUCGUGCAUCAAUAGUAGAAAGCAGACUGUAAGCGUACGACAACUCUCCACCUACAAGAACCUAAUGGGCACAACUCAUAUAAACUCGACCUACAAAACUUGUUUGAUCGAAGCAAAGCUCGCUGUUUCCGUUGUACCCUAAUGCACAUAAUAUGUGUGACCCGUCAUUGCCCACAUUGCCCAUUUACUUCACACAUCAGAUCAAACCCCCGGUGACAAACGCCGUCCCAUUUCAAUUCAUUGCAUUCUCGAAAACCCCAUCCUGUGUCCUAAUCCAGCCAAAUUGCAUAAAUGAUGUCCCAGCCAAACCCCAAGAAAGAAGUAGUACAGGAAGCGAAAAAGUAUGCAAAGUCGACAAGAGCAAGAGCUUAAGCGGGAAAGGUUUUUUUCGUAGGCCAGACACCGAGUUGAAGGUAGAGGGAGAAAAAAAGGAAAUUCGCGAGGGAAACCAUCAAGUCAGUUGGAGGACAUCGGCAGAUGCCGUGAACCAUGAGAGGAGAAAAGAGCAAAGCAGCAGAAACACAAAGAGCAAACGUUUUUUUUCCAUUCAGUACAUCGUGAGUGCAACCCCGCGGGGGAAAUCAACCAAAGAAGCAACCAGCCAAGCUCUCGUGGAGUACAGAUUACACACGUGAGGAGAACAUAAAAAGGGAAAUAUGUGUUAACAGGUGGCAUAUAAGAUGAGAUAUUUUCCUUACCGGGGUUUGCCGUACCCCAGGAUUAAUGGCAAAGAAAAUAAAAAGCAAAGGGAAAAACAAGGGGUAAGAGCCAAUGUAGAUUUGAUCACCAGUUAAGAUGUAACGCC